CCGUGCGCGCCUCGACUAAGAGCACAUGUUGCCGAAUAUAACCUAAAAUUCAAGCUUUCCGCGGUUGCGAGCUCCUGCCGCUACUCUGGUGCACUUGCAUAUUAUUUGGACAUAGAAAAGUAUUUCUCCGAGGACAAAAGUUUUCAGAUGACGUUAAAGAGUUUUCCACGAGGAGGACGUAAGCCUCAAAAACAUGUACCCUCAAAUAACGAAAUUGGAAAAAAAUCACGCUCGAAGUCACGAGAUGCAAAGAAUUAUUCUACAGCGGCCGAACCCGAAGAUUUUCAAGUCGCACAUUUGGUAGCACAAACUGCAGACUGUUUGAAUUAUUCUACUUUGACACAAGGCAUGGUUGUCUUGGGACGUGUCCGAGAGGCUAGAGAGUACGACUUAAUCAUUUCCCUUCCUGGGCGUUUGAUUGGUCGAGUGCAGCUAACAGAUAUAAGCGAAGGAUACACAAAGUUAUUACAAAAUAUGAUAAAUGCACAAGAUGGAAGACCACAUGACUACAGACCGUUGUCCCAGUUGUUCAAACCAGGAGACUACCUGGUCUGUCAUGUUAAGCAAUUGAAUUUAACGGAGAAAUGGAGGGUCUCUUUAUCCUUAGAGCCAGAGUUAGUCAACCAGAACUUGGACCGAACUCGUAUGAUCAAAAGGUCUAGAAUUAUUGGCUCUGUUUCAAGCAUAGAAGAACAUGGGUAUGUCAUCGACUCAGGAGUUGCUAAUCUGAGGGUGUUUUUGGCUUCCAAAGAUGUCGAUGAGGACAAAUCAUACUUUACAGGACAACAGCUGUCUCUCAUGAUAAAAGAAGUAAAGACUUCGGACUCAGCAUCUACGAUAACCGUAUCAGCAAAGACAAAACACAAUAAUCAAGCAGUUGCUUCUGACACGCAAUUAUUAGAUGCCCUGAUUCCUGGUACCAAAUUGGUACUUACUGUGACUAAGAUUCUGCCAAAUGGAUUGCAAGUCAAUUUUAAUGAGAACAAUACUGGUUACAUCAACCAGAUUUAUUUGGAUAAACCUUUAUCUUCCUACCAAACAAAUGGAACCGUACGUGGUACAUUAUUGUACAUUUUGCCAACUGUAAAGUUCGCAUAUUUUAGUUUGAUGAGUCAAGAAGGUGAAACUAACACCUUAAACAUCGGCGAUAUUAUGACGUCGGCUGUUCCAUUGUGCAUAGAGCAAAAAGGAAUUCUCUUGAAAUUACCAAAGAACCUACGUGGAUUCGUACCAAUGCGCAGAACUGAAGUUGACUUUCAGAAAAUAAACUCAACAUUUGCUCCCAAGACAAGACACAAAUGUCGUGUAUUGAACUAUGAUUGGUUCGAUAGAGUUUACAUUUGUUCUAUGCAAAAAGAGGUCAUGAAGGAGGAACAUUUCACCUUAACUAGUUUUGUUCCCGGCGAACUGAUUACUGCAGAAAUCAUUAAAGUUGACAUCGAAUAUGGAUCAGUGACUAUACUGGUUAAUAAAAUCAAGGGAUAUGUUCCUCCAGAACAUGUUUGUGACACCGGUGCAAAUAUGAUUGAAAUACUACAAGCUGGUCAGACGGUCAAGGCCAGAGUGUUGAGGAACGAUAUUGAACGAAACAGACUAGUGUGUACAAUGAAGCAGUCAUUAGUUGAAAGCAAUUUACCCAUACUGAGGAACAUUAAAGAAGCCACCAUAGGCUCCCAACAUCACGGUACCGUGGUACAAGUGAGAAACACAGGAGUAUUGAUACAGUUCUUUGGAGAUGUGAAGGGGUGGGUGCCACCGAGGCUACUUGGUUGUGCCAGAGAUGAAAUUAAACGUAGUUUUGCUGUCGGUCAAGUCCAAGCCCCAACGAUUGUCAAAAUAGAUGAAAAGGAGAAUAGAAUGACCCUGAGUCUAUUGGAUCUGAAAGACCAAACAGAACGGAAACCAAAAAUUUCACUACGCGUUGGUGAGCAAGUAGAAUGCGUUGUCACAGAAUCUUCUCCACAAGGUGUUUAUGUUAACAUCCACAAAAACGAUGAGAAGGAUACAGAAUCGGGAUAUUUACCGGCUGGACAUAUGGCGCCGAGUUUGGAGGUGGCAAGUUUAUUAGCUGCUAGACUGACGCCUGGAGAUAAAAUUACAGCCACAGUGUUUUCCAACUGCCCUGAGAUUAUUUUAACUACUUCUUUUACGCCACAAGAAGAUUUCACGAAUUUCGAGAACCUCAAAGUUGGACAAUACCUGCCAUGCUCCGUUACAGAGAUUUCUAAACAUAGUCUGAAAGUCUUAUUGCCUAUCAAUAAUUACGAUCAAUUGGGUAUUGUUCCCAAUAGUCGUCCAAGCUAUGUUGGAAUACUUCACAUCAAUCAAAUAUUGAUUGGUAAAAUCAUUAACAUUAACAAAAUUAAUAAACAAAUUGAACUAACGACCGACUUAUAUGAUCUGUGGCUAGAUUCUGUCAAACAAAACUCCGAAAUGACUAAUGCGGUUGAUGUUUUGAGUCUUUACCUGAACAAAGUAAGUGAGCUCCCAGAGUAUGACUACUACAAAAGUAGGCCGAUAUCGAAAGUUACUUUAGGACAGCGUGUAACUGGCAAAGUUGAAAAAGUUACAGAAGAUGGUCUCGUUUUAUGUUUGAACAAUGAUUUGCGAGGUACAGUGCGCAAGGAUCAAUCCAAAAAGGAUUUGAAAGUGGGAGAUAACGUUACCGGCACAAUUCUCUGGAUAAAUUAUGUCUACGAAAUUGUGGAAGUAACUCUGAAAUCCACAGUGGUGAAUCGUAUCGCUGCUAAACAGGCCAGUUUACCCUCCAGUAUUUUGGGAACACAAUUACAGGCUGAAAUUGUAUUGAUCACGAAUUGGUUUGUGCUUGUGGUUCUGAAAGGGAAGGAAAAUGGAAGAUUAGCAGCUCUGCCUGCUCGGAGGCACCUGAAUGACGUUGAGCCAGAUUUAAAACCUUAUGGUAUCGGAUGUAAACUGAAAUGCUUUGUUGUUUUGAAAUCCGAAGAAUCCAGUCUGCUACCUAUUUGCGUCUUAUCAUCGGUAUUUGAAGGACGCAAUUUGAAAUCGAUUCCUAAACCUGCAAAUAUUGAACAAAAACGGAAGAAACGAGUCGCAUCUGAGAAAAAUGCACAGACCGUACCAAACAAGAAGGCAAAACUGGACAAUUUGGAGCCUGACACGAUCACAUCAUCGAUGGAAGUAGAGGAUUCAGAAAUCAAGUCGGUAAAACAUGCCAAGCAGGAGACAACGGAGGAAUCUGUGAAAAAAAAGUUUAGGAAAUCAAAAGCCAAAGUGGAAAACGAAGUUGUAGUUAAGACAAAGCAGAAAGAGAAAAAAGCAACCGUGGAUAAAAAAUUAGAAACGAAUGAUGCGAGCAUUCCGGAAUGUGGAUUUUAUUGGGAUGCGACUCCAACCCCACAAGAACCACCACCUGCAGAAUCAUCCAGUGAUAGUGAGGAGGAAUCAAAGAGUCCGCAGAAAAAAAAGAAAUUGAAUGCCGCUGAACGCAGAGAACAAGAAAGGCAAAAAGAGCGUGAAAUUCGGGAGCGAGAGCAAGCGUUAGCGAGUAAUCAGCUCCCAAAUUCGCCAGACCAAUUCGAUCGACUGGUUAUGUCAACACCGGACAAUUCUUUAAUUUGGGUACAGUACAUGGCCUACCAUCUGCAAGCAACAGAGAUAGAAAAAGCAAGAGCUGUUGCCAAAAGAGCAAUUAGGACUAUCAAUUUCCGAGAGGAAGAUGAGAAACUAAAUGUCUGGCAGGCCUGGCUGAAUUUGGAGUCCAGAUUUGGUACGUUAGAAACAUUGAACGAAGUUUUUCAAGAGGCAGUGCGAACCAAUGAUGCGUUUAAAAUAUACGUGCACAUGUUAACACUUCACGCCGAUGCCAACAGACAAUCGGCAUUGGAAAAAACAAUUACGACCAUCACAGGGAAAUUCAAACAAAACCCACAAUCUUGGAUCGAGUGUGGUACUGCGUUGUUGAAAAUAGGACUCAAAGAUAAAUCCAGGCACAUAAUGCAAAGAGCUUUGCAGUCUCUGCCAGCGCACCAGCAUGUUGACCUGAUGGUGAGAUUUGCGCAAUUGGAAAAUAAACAUGGAGAUAAAGAGAGAGCACAAACAUUAUUUGAAAAAGUACUGAGCUCGUAUCCCAAACGCGUCGAUGUGUGGUCCGCUUAUGUUGAUUCUUUAGUUAAAUCCGGUGACAUACCAAUUGCGAGACAAGUUUUAGACAGAGCGAGUGCCCAAACUCUACCAGCGAGGAAAAUGAAAACGAUAUUCAAGAAGUUUAUUACAUUCGAAGAAAAGUAUGGGACGCCGGAGAACGUUGCCAACGUUCAACAAAUGGCCCGAACUUACGUUGAAAAUAAAUUUGCGGAUCAAUGAAUAAAAAACUUUGUAAUUAAUAAUGCGGUUGACGUAUAACUUACCAGAAUUAUUUGGAAGUGCAUCAAGAAUAUCCAAAUAAACCAUGUUCGCAGACUCA